AUCUGAAACUUCCCAGAAUUUAAAUGAACGUCAGUUUUUUUUGUAUUUUUGUGAGGAGUUUUUUUUUCUGAUCAGGAAAAUAAGCAGAUAGAUUUUUUUUUGUAUCUAUCGAACCCCAGACUUUUUGUGUAGGAUUUCUCCCAUUUUUUCAUCGCAAGACCAAUUCUUUUCGCCAUGAGUAAGGAUCUAACAGAAUCUACAACCAGUAUUGACAAUCUUAAGCCUAGGGAAGUUUUUGUUGGUGAAGAAACAGACAGUGAGGAAUCUAGUGGUUCAAGUGGCUCUACUGAUGAUGAAGUCGAAAGAGAAAGACCAAAAUUUGAAUGUCCUCCUGAGUAUUGGCACAUCCAGAAGCUUAUGAAAUAUUUGAAAACAGGCAAUCAAACUGCUACAGUUGUUGCAUUAUGCUGUUUGAAAGACCAUGAUUUGAAGGAAGAAGUCAAUCAAUUUGCUAUACAGGAUAUGGGAGGUCUGGAAGUAUUGAUCAACCUUCUAGAAACAACAGACAUAAAGGCAAUAAAGCUAGGAGCUCUCAGCAUCCUUGGAGAGCUCUCCCAAAGCGAAAACCUAAGAAAAGCAAUUGUCGACUUGGGAGCUGUGCCGCAGCUCGUUAAGAACCUUGUGGACCCUGCAGGAGACGUAAGGGUACUAAUAGGAGAAAACAUCUUUCACCUGGCAAGGCUAAAGAAGGCCAGAAAAGACCUACGACAUUGGGGCGGUUUACCCCUCUUAGUGGACCUCUUAGACGUCCCAGAGAAACUUCUACAAACGUCCAAGAACGAUCUGAAUCCAGAAGACUUGGAGAUGCUACUAAUAGCAGAAUCUUCCGCCAAGGGUCUAUGGUCUGCAUCCAAGAGCAAGAAAAACAUGAUGGUUAUGAUGAAAACAGGAGCUGUGCCACUCUUAUCUAAAUUGAUUGCGUCAGUGCAUAUCGAUGUCAUCAAAGCAGCCAUGGGUACGCUGUCCCAAUGUGUGGUCGAGCCAGGUUUUCAACUUGCUGUACAAACUGAAGGAAUGGUGAAGAACAUAGUCAAGCAUUUGAUUAACGAGGAUGACAUCGAGCUAAAGACUCAUUGUUGUGACACCAUAUACUACUGCGGCGAGGAUCCAAUAACCAGAAACAUGGUGCGCGAAGCUGGAGGUUUGGACAUCCUGGUGAAGAUCAUCAACGAUGCCAAUAACAGGAAGGUCAAACCGUUGAUGGCAGCUGCAACUGGUGCCGUUUGGAAGACAGCUAUGUCUCCUGAGAAUGUGGAGCGAUUUGAUUCUCUGAGAGCAGUGGAGAUCCUGAUAAAGCUCCUGGAAGACGUCGACGAAGAUGAAAGAGUCUUGGCCAACGUAGUAGGAGCUUUAGGUCAGUUCGUCAAGUUACCAAAAAAUAGAGAUGUAGUCAGAAGAAUCGGUGGCAUCCCACUUAUGAUCAACUUGCUGAACUACACGUACCUCCCCUUAUUGGAAAACCUUGCUAUGGUACUCAAGGAAUGCGCAGAAGACGAGGACUCUAUGGCAGUCAUAGAAGACAACGACGGCGUCAGAUUGAUUUGGUCGCUGCUCAAGAACCCAGCAGAAACAGUUCAAGCAAACGCUGCUUGGUGUUUGGUGCCUUGCAUAAGGAACGUAACGAAUUCUGGAGAGAUGGUUAGAAGUUUCGUUGGUGGUUUGGAGUUGAUGGUCAGACUGUUGGAAAACGAGAGCCCAGAGGUUUUGUCUUGCGUAUGCGCAGCGAUAGCAGAAAUAGCUACGGACAUAGAAAACCUUGCGGUCAUUUCUGAUCAUGGUGUUGUGCCUCUUUUAGUGGACCUGGUGAAAACUGGCAAUCCGCAGUUGAGACAGCAUUUGGCCGCUGCGAUUGGGAAGUGUUGCGCUUGGGGAAUCAAUUGCAAGCUAUUCGGAAGGUUAGGUGCCAUAACUCCACUUGUGAAUUUCAUGGCAGAAGGAACACCAGAAGUGCAACGUACUACUGCAAUGGCUCUUCACGCCCUGUCAACGAAUCAGUUCAAUUGCAUAACUAUGCAUGAAAGUGGCGUGGUAAGAUUUCUGCUCUCUGCUGUAGGGUCCAAGGAUCAAAUACUACAAGAAGCUGCAGCUGGUUGUUUAGCCAACAUAAGGAAACUUGCCCUGGAUGCGGAAACGAAGCAUUUGAUAAAGAAGAAGGAAGAGGUCGAAACGGACGAAGAGAAUUGAUUAAGGGUCCAAAAAAUAUUUGUUAGGUUAAGUGUAAUAAAUAAAAUUUAAUAGUAGUGAAA